AUGAGACGCACUAUCAUUGCUUUGUUCUUGACUUGUCUCUGCUUAGCAUUAACAGCUUCCUAUGUCAUUGUAUACCCACGCAAUCAACCUAUCCUGACAAUGGAAUCCUCCUCUUCCUCAUCGCCAUCACCACAACCAGCAACUCCCUCAUUCCAAGGCCAUGUCAUUAGCGCCAAAAUGAACAAUGCCACCAUCAAAGCCGAGUUGGGGCGAUCAACAUGGAAGCUUUUGCAUACGAUGGCGGCACAGUUUCCAGAUAAUCCAUCCGAUGAAGAACGUGACGCUUUGACGCAUUACUUUACAUUGUUGUCAAGACUUUAUCCAUGCGGUGAAUGUGCCGCUCACUUUCAAUUGUUGCUGGAGCGUUAUCCACCGCAAACUUCCUCAAAGGUCGCUGUCUCCCAAUGGCUAUGUGCAAUUCAUAACAAGGUCAAUGAACGACUCGGCAAGGAAGUGUUCGAUUGUGCUGAUAUCCAAGAGAAAUACCAAUGUGGUUGCGAAGCAGACCAGAAAGAAGAAGAAGAGGAUAGCACCCAUUCCAAUACAUAA